UGUCUGAAUUGAAAUAACAUUUUUUUUUUUUGCCAGUAAAGUUUCAAAAGAAGUAUUUUAAGAGUAGCUGUUUCUAUUUGUACAAAUCAUUUAAGAAGAGCUUAAUAGAGAAAAAAUUGUUUUUGAUUGUCACAUCGAUUACAAAGUGGAAACUCCAGUGGAAGUCCACGGUUAGUCGCAAGGCUGGUGACCACAAAGCAAGGGCACGUGACAUGAAUAUAUAAUUGAGGGCCGAAUUACCAUUUACCCAGUAAUUGACCUUUCUCAUCUGUUUCUAGAAAGUGCUAAUACAGGAAAGGAAAUUUUGGAGGGCAACAACUGCUUCAUAAAUUUUGUUGGGAUUAUACUACUGUUGUUAAUAUUGCUGUCUGAACUGGAGAAAAACUGCUUUUUUCUUGCAGAAUGGACACUUUCCUUUUCACCUCUGAGUCUGUAAAUGAGGGACACCCGGAUAAGCUUUGUGAUCAGAUCUCUGAUGCAGUUCUUGACGCUUGCCUUGAGCUAGAUCCUGAGAGCAAGGUUGCCUGUGAGACUUGCACCAAAACCAACUUGGUCAUGGUCUUUGGUGAGAUCACAACCAAGGCCAAUGUGGACUACGAGAAGAUUGUGCGCAAUACCUGUCGUAAAAUUGGGUUUGUCUCUGAAGAUGUGGGACUCGAUGCUGACAACUGCAAGGUCCUUGUCUACAUUGAGCAGCAAGAUCCUGAUAUUGCUCGAGCUGUCCAUGGCCAUCUAACCAAACAUCCGGAGGAGAUUGGUGCUGGUGAUCAGGGGCACAUGUUUGGCUAUGCCACUGACGAGACCCCUGAAUUUAUGCCUCUCAGCCAUGUGCUUGCGACUAAACUAGGUGCCCGCCUCACUGAAGUCCGCAAGAAUGGUACUUGUCCCUGGUUAAGGCCUGAUGGCAAGACCCAAGUUACUGUCGAGUACUACAAUGAGUUUGGUGCAAUGGUUCCAGUUAGGGUCCACACUGUUCUCAUUUCAACUCAGCAUGAUGAGACUGUUACAAAUGAUGAGAUUACACAAGAUAUUAAAGAGCAUGUCAUCAAGCCAGUCGUUCCUGAGAAGUACCUUGAUGAGAAGACAAUAUUCCACAUUAACCCAUCUGGCCGAUUUGUGAUUGGUGGACCCCAUGGUGAUGCUGGUCUUACUGGUCGUAAGAUCAUCAUCGACACCUAUGGUGGUUGGGGUGCCCAUGGUGGUGGUUCCUUCUCGGGAAAGGACCCAACCAAGGUUGAUAGGAGUGGCGCAUAUGUUGUCAGGCAGGCUGCAAAGAGUGUUGUAGCAAAUGGGCUAGCUCGCAGAUGCAUUGUGCAAGUUUCUUAUGCCAUUGGUAUGCCUGAGCCAUUGUCUGUAUUUGUUGACAGCUAUGGCACCGGCAAGGUCUCCGACAAGGAAAUUUUGAAGAUCGUUAAGGAGAACUUCGACUUCAGGCCUGGAAUGGUUGCCAUUAACUUGGAUCUGAAGAGGGGUGGCAAUGACAGAUACUUGAAAACCGCUGCAUAUGGUCACUUUGGACGCGAUGACCCUGACUUCACAUGGGAAUUUGUCAAGCCCCUCAAAUGGGAAAAGCACCAAGAUUAAGCGUCUGCAGGGCAGUGCAUUAGCUUGUUCAGUAAUAUAUUUGUUCUUGACGCUUUCCUGUCGCAGUCAUGCCUCAAUCACUUGAAUUAGGCAAAUCUGUAGUGGUUUACUGUCCAAGUGAAAUAUUGUAAAGCAAAGGAAGAAGGUUGGG